AUGUUUGUUGAAGAUUAUUAUAGGAGACUCAUUAAAUAGUAAUGUAAACUAACUCCAAAGGAAAUUAAGACUGAUAGACCAUGGUACCCAAAAAGACUAUAAAAUGAAACCAAGAAGGAGGAAUUUAGAUUCUUUAUGUUACCUCCAAACAAAAUGAUCACCUUACUAAAAAAAAAUAAAUUGUCUGCUCCCAACGAUAGGAUAAAGGAAUUCUUGCAUAGCCAUUCUUUGAAAUAAAUAGUUGAUUUUGGUGAAACCCUGCAAAGCACAUUAGACUUGAAAGUACAAAGACCUUCAAUAUAAAUACCAAUUCCUAAAAAUACUCCAACGGGACGACAAUUAUUUCCAGUCAAAAGAAGGCCAUUGUAAUUACCGUCAACAAGGGUUAUUACUGAGCCAAGCAAGAAAUCAUCGUCUCAAUGCAGGAGUGUGCAUAAGUUUAUUAGAUUAAAAUAAAGCGACCAUUCAAAUGAAGAACUAUAUAACAUAAUUACAAAACUUAAUCAUUCCCCUCUGCAUGUAGACACAACAAGCAUUUGCAAGAAAUAGAUUCAGCCUUAAAAAGUAGUUUAACCUCAACCCUACAUAAAACCUGAAAUUCCAAAAAGCGUAUUGCCAUAUCCUCCAAGAACAAAAAAACAAUUGAGAUAAUUUCUGUUGAGAGCACUUAAGAAAAUCAAGGCUUUAGGUCUUACCAUUAAGUAUGUUAUGGAACAUAAAAUAUUUUCAAAAAAACCUUAUGAAAAGAUGAAUUCAAAGGAGUUCAUUCAUGCCGCCAAACAGAACAAAAAAGAAGAUAUCAAAAACUACCUUUAAAUCAACCCUUAUUUGGUAUUUGAAUAUGAUUUUUACAACAUGACCGCUCUACAUUGGGCUUGCAAAAAGGGUUAUCUUGAAAUCGUAGAGAUUUUACUUAAGUAUCAUUCUGAUAUUGAUGGAGUUGAUAUCCUAUAUCGAACUCCAUUGAUGCUGUCGAUUUAAGAAAACCAUCUAGAUGUUGCACAUCUGCUUUUGACCAAUGGAGCAUAUCCUUGGAGUACAGCUAUAACAGAUUUAAAGAGUGUUCUGGAAGAAAAUGAACGUGCUCAACUUCUCCUUACUCGAGUUCGAAGGUUGUAAAUAAUGGCCAAAUGGACUCAAUCAGGAGAAUAUUUGAAUCUAAUUUGA